AACAGCGUUUGCUCCAAUCCGGCCGUCUCGAUGCCGAGCUCCUGAAAAUGCAAUCGAUGGCAGCUUCAUGUGGCGAAACGAUGCAAUGUCGGGCUGUAGGUUUGUGUCCCUGAGUGGUACGAGUUAGUGGAAUUUGUGACCGAUUCUCUUCUCAGGUUGUGGAAUUUCGGGGACUGAAUGGGAGGUGAAUUUGGGAAGUGGAGGAGGAGAAGGAGCAUGGCUUGUUUCUGGAUGUGAAGAGGCGGGGGCAGGGUUGGGGGGGGGGGGGGGGUGUAUGUGUGGGGUUGGUUAGAGAUUUGCAUUCAGGAUGGUGAUUAUGGACGUAGACAAUGCCGUGGAUGUGGAGAUUAAUGUUUCCGCCUCAGCAUCGGCGCCCGUAAAGGAGAUGAGCGAGCUGCGGUACUCGCGCUUGAUUCACACGCUAGGGAGAGACGCGGUGAAUGCGUUGAGUCAGGCCCGUGUGUUGGUGUUGGGGUGUAAGGGAUCGGGUGUUGAGGUAGCGAAGAAUUUGGUCUUGUCCGGGGUGCAAGGGUUAGGGUUAGUGGAUGACGAGGUGGUCGUGUUGGCUGACCUCGGGGCGCAUUUCCUCUUGAGCGAGGGGGAUGUGGGGCGCAAUCGGGCGGUCGCUACCGCUCAGAAAUUGAAGGAGAUGUACCCUAGUGUAAACAUUGUCACGCUGUCGAGCGUAUCGGUGGAGAGCGCGCUGGGCAGCUAUGGCUGUGUGGUGGCCACAAGUGGGUUUUAUCCCGACCUGAUUCGUUUGAACUCUUUAUGCCGCUCCUUGGGCGUGCCAUUUGUGGCGGCGAGUUGUCGUGGAGUGUUCACCUUCGUGUUCUCAGAUUUUGGUGACAAUUUCUCCGUUUUGGACGAAACUGGAGAGCUUGCCGGGGCAGUAUUGGUCGAAGGUAUUACGCAGGAUUUUCCUGCUACUGUCACCGUGGUGGAAGAACAACGACACGGGUUAGAAAAUGGCGAUGAGGUUGUUUUGAGUGGCAUCAAGGGCAUGGAAGAGUUGAAUCGUGACACUCCUUAUUCAGUGACUGUCACCGGUGUGCAUUCCUUCACAAUACAGGAAGAUACACGUUCGUACGAGCGCUAUGUGUCCGGUGGAUAUUUCAGCAAGCUGAAGAAAUCUAAGAACAUGGAGUUUCUUUCCUUGGAGAAAGCUCUUCUGUCUCCUAAAUUCUGCAUCAGUGAUCCGGUGAAAGAGCCUCAAGUUAUGUCCUUGCAUGUUGGCUUUCAAGCCGUAGACGAGUUUGAGAGACGUCAUGCCUCGGAUACUUUAUCACCGUCCAGGUCAACUGCCAUAAACCCUGAACAAUUUCAGGAGGUCGUUGUGCUUGCCCAAGAAAUAUGGUCGAAUUUGCAGGCAUUGCAUGUUGAGAAGGGAACCAGUAGCGGUAGUUAUGCAAUGGAAGCCACAUCUGAUGAGAGAGGAGAGGAGCUGUCAAAUGAGGCUCUGUUGAAAGCUAAUGGUGAGAGGGACAGACCAUAUCAGGAUAGAGCUGGGUCCAGUAGUAGUGGAGGUUCAACUUCCAGUGCGGGAUUACCAUCAAGGUCACAUGGUAAUAGGUUUGAGGUAAUCGAGGAAAUAGUCCGAAUGAUUGCGUUAGGAGCGAGUGUGGAGCUCUAUCCUGUUUCUGCUGUAACGGGGGGUAUUGCUGCACAAGAGGCUAUUAAGGCAUUGACUAGGGUCUUUACGCCAAUACAGCAAUGGCUCUAUUUUGAUGCGGUGGAAUGUCUGCCUAGUGUACCACUUGCUCCGGAGGAUACGCUGCCUUGUGGCUCUCGCUAUGAUCAUCAGAUCGCUUUGUUUGGCCGAGAAUUCCAAGAUAAGCUUGGUUGCCUUCAGUGGCUUGUGGUGGGGGCUGGAGGAAUAGGUUGUGAAGCUUUGAAAGGGUUAGUAUUGAUGGGUGUGGGCUGUAGCUCAAACGGAAGCAUUACUAUUACAGACAUGGAUACAGUGUCAAAGCCCAAUUUGAUAGAUCAAGUUCUGUAUCAACUUGAGGAUGUGGGUCGUGCUAAGGCGCCAUCAGCUGCAAGAGCCUUGCGUACCAUAAACCCUGCGGCUCAAAUACACGCCCUUACGGAGAGGUUUGACACAGAGACGGAGACUAUAUUUGACUCCUCAUUCUUCAACUCUAUAGCAGGUGUAUUUUCGGCUGUAGAUACGUCGUCAUCAAGGCUCUACCUGGAUACCCGAUGCGUUUCCAACCGGAGACCUAUGGUUGAUGGCGGUAAACAUGGUACCAAAGGCAGUGUUCAGGUAUUUGUACCAUUUCAGACAGAAAUGUAUGCAUCCACUCGGGACCCUCCUGAGCACAAGGAACUGCCCAUUUGUACUCUAAGAAAUUUUCCUUAUGCAACGGAGCAUACCCUUAGAUGGGCAGUGGAGACAUUUGAAGCUCUUUUCAAAAGCAGGCCAGCUGACGUGAAUGCUUAUCUGUCAAGCCGAGACUUUCAAGAAUCUAUACGUAAAUCUCCAGCGUCAUCACGGCUCCCUGUGCUAAAUUCACUUAGAGAUGCUCUUAUACGAUAUCGGCCUAUAAGUUUUGAUGCAUGUAUACAAUGGGCGCGCCUUCAAUUUGAAGACUUAUUUUCCAACAACAUCAAGCAGCUGUGUUUCAACUUCCCAGCGAGUAUGACUACAACAGCUGGUGCUCCGUUUUGGAGUGGAACGAAGAGGUGUCCGACACCAAUAACAUUUGAUCCUGCCGAUAAUCUCCAUUUGGAUUUUAUAAUUGCUGCUGCCAACCUGCAAGCUACUAUUUAUGGCCUUAAAGGCUGCCAGGAUCGAGCCAUGUUUGUAGAUGUUUUACAGCGUGUUGUGGUUCCCCCCUUUGAACCCAAAGAAGGAAUAAAGAUCGCAGUUACAGAUAACGAAUUACGGAACCAAUCAAACCAACGAAAGUACCUGGGUAAUUCAGAAGACAGUGAUGCUGCGGAGGCAUGUGAGAGACUGUUGCGGGAGCUUCCCACUCCUGCUUCUCUUGCAGGUUACAGGUUAGUGCCUGUUGAGUUUGAAAAGGAUGAUGAGCACAAUUAUCACGCUGAGUUUGUAGCUGCAGCCUCAAGCUUGAGAGGAAGGAAUUACGGCAUUCCCAGCACUAAUAAACUGCAGGCAAGGCUGGUGGGUGGAAGGGUGCUACCGUCCAUUGCAACAUCUACAGCAGUUGUAGGUGGUCUUAUGUGUCUUGAGCUUUAUAAACUAGUGCAGGGGAAGCCUUUCACGCUACACAAGCAUGCAUACUUCAACUUAGCAGUUCCCUUGUUUGCAUUUGCACAGCCAAUUAAAGCUCUUCAGCACACGGUGUCAAGGAAGCAUCUGGACCCUCUAAUCUGGACAUUGUGGGAUAGAUUUGAGAUGGAUUGUCAGAACAUGACUUUGGAGACGUUUCUAGCAGAAUUUAAACGUCAACAAGGACUUGAGAUCACCAUGCUGUCGUUUGGAAAGAGUCUGCUGUAUGCAGAAUUUCUACCCCGCAAAAAGUUGCAGGAUAGAAUGCCACUUUCCUUAAUAGACUUGAUCACAACCAUCGGCAAAGUAACACUGCCUCCAACGGAAACAACAAUUGCCUUCUCUAUUUCGUGCACAGAUGCGAAGGAUGAGGAUGUGGAGGUACCCGAUGUUGUCGCAAAAGUACGGUAGCUAGUUAGGGUUGGGUCUUGAACAGUUGUAAAAUGCCGUGCACCUCUUCGAGAAAAAAACUGUACAUUUUAAGCUUCAGAGGAGGUAUGUUGAUGACUUGUCUUACAUAUCCUUGAUUGAGAUUUGUGAGUUUUAUUGCUUCUGUGCUCA